AUGACGACGAACUUGGAGACGAUCGUGACGGAGCUAAAGCAGUUGGCCCCGCGACUGCGCGACUAUGAACCGACUACAGAACUCUGGCAGCAGGCCGAGAAAAAAGCACUUGAUUCGCGCAACCAAGUGGAAGCGCUACUGUGCUCACCUGAGGGAGUGGCAGAGCUACGUGGAAGUGGCGCUUUGCAGGAGAUGAAGCGGCUGGUGCCAGAUGAUACUCGGGAAGCGAUCGCUGAGCUGAAAGUAUCGGAUUUUGUGCUGGGCAUGAUUUUCGAAGCACCUUUUGUCGCUUUUGAAACCGUCUAUCGUGGCUUUGGCGCAGAGUACGCUAAGGAAUUAUCAAGCGAGGCAAGAAAAAGCUUGAAAUACAUCAAGUCUUCAUAUAUUUAUGGUGAAAUUCUGUUCUUCCCGUUUGCUGAGAUAAUCCGCUGGGUAGCUCCUUUCCUGCCCAAUUUUGCUGUUUUCUACGACCUGGGAUCUGGCACCGGCAAAGCAGUAGUUGCGGCUAGUUUGGUGCACCCGUUUGAUCAGGCCAUCGGAAUCGAGUUCCUUGAGCCUCUGGUUCGUUGUGCUGAGAAGCGCAAAGUUGCGUUGGAGAAGCUCAAGACUCCACUGCUAAAGACGGACAUUGACUACAUUGCUGGCGACCUGGUGACAUCCAAGUGGGAGGACGGAGAUGUCGUGUUUUGUCACGGCACGUGUUUCGAUGACAAGGAGUGGGCGCAGAUUUCUUUGGCAGCAGAGAAGCUCAAACAAGGCGCAUUUUUUAUCUCGACGACGCAGGUAUUGCGUACAGGGCUGUUUGAAGUGGUCAAGAGUGUUCAGCUCACGAUGAGCUGGGGAACUGCAACUGCUUAUAUCCAUCGCCGACGCAACAUUGGCCGCUGGGCUGCUCAAAUGCUGCGAGGUGGUCGGUCGACACGUACCGACCUUUUGCAGCAGUCCCCAUCACCACAGAGCCAGUAA